AUGAGAAUAACUGUAGAUAUGAUAAAUGAAGCAGAUCAAUCUAUAAAUCCUGUUAAUGAAAAUACUAUUUCUUUAAGAGGAAAUAAAAUAAGUGUAAUUGAAAAUUUAGGAAUUACUAAAGACUAUUUUGAAUGUAUUGACUUGAGUGAUAAUGAAAUUAUAAAAUUAAAUAAUAUACCAUAUUUACAAAGAUUAAAAACAUUAAUAUUAUGCAAUAAUAAAAUAGCUAGAAUUGACAGUGAUAUAUUUGAAAAUAUACCUAAUUUAAAUUCAUUAAUUUUAACUAAUAAUAAGUUAGAAAAAUUAUCUGAUCUCAACUCACUUUUUAAAGCCAAAAAUUUAACUAGACUUAGCCUAGUAGAAAAUUCUGUUUCAAAAUUAGAAAACUAUCGUGAAUAUUUAAUUUUUAAUUUGCCUUCAUUAAAAUAUUUAGAUUUUCAAAAAAUAAAAAAGAAAGAUAGAGAAGAAGCUUCAAUAGCAAUGAAGAAUUUUAAUUCGAAUAAUAAAGAAAAUAGCGAAGUAAACUAA